CAAGAUUUAAGUAAACCCGGACACAAACUCCUAAAGGAUUCAUCCAGCGAUUUCCUUUAUUUCCGUUAGACGAUGAAACAACUGAAGAGUGCUAGAGGAUGUAGUUGUACAUGCCCUUAUAUGGAGAUAUAUUUUGUAUGAAGGUCACGUGCAUUUUCUCUACAUAUAAAUUCUAACUUCAUAUCCCUCACCCCACUACACUGCGAGAGCUUGAUCUCAAUUCACCACUUUCUUGUUUGGAUAAAUAAUUAUCUCAAUUUUUCAAAAAUGGGAGACGAUGAUAUUGCAGCUUUGGUUGUCGACAAUGGAUCUGGAAUGUGCAAGGCCGGAUUCGCCGGAGACGAUGCCCCCAGGGCCGUGUUCCCCUCCAUUGUUGGAAGACCCAGACAUCAGGGUGUAAUGGUUGGUAUGGGACAGAAAGACAGCUAUGUAGGAGACGAGGCCCAGAGCAAGAGAGGUAUCCUCACCCUCAAGUACCCCAUUGAACACGGUAUCGUCACCAACUGGGACGACAUGGAGAAGAUCUGGCAUCACACCUUCUACAAUGAACUCCGUGUGGCCCCAGAGGAACACCCCGUCCUCCUGACCGAGGCCCCACUUAACCCCAAGGCCAACAGAGAAAAGAUGACACAGAUCAUGUUCGAAACCUUCAACUCCCCCGCCAUGUACGUCGCUAUCCAGGCCGUACUUUCCCUGUACGCUUCCGGUCGUACAACUGGUAUUGUACUGGAUUCCGGAGACGGAGUAUCUCACACAGUACCCAUCUAUGAAGGUUACGCCCUUCCCCACGCCAUCAUGCGAUUGGAUCUUGCUGGACGUGAUCUGACCGAUUACCUCAUGAAAAUCCUCACAGAACGUGGUUACUCCUUCACAACCACAGCUGAAAGAGAAAUCGUCAGAGACAUUAAAGAGAAAUUAUGCUAUGUUGCUCUGGAUUUCGAACAGGAGAUGCAAACUGCUGCAUCCUCAUCGUCCCUGGAGAAGAGUUACGAACUUCCUGACGGUCAGGUUAUCACCAUUGGAAACGAGCGAUUCAGGUGCCCAGAGGCCAUGUUCCAACCAUCCUUCCUUGGAAUGGAAUCUGCUGGUAUCCAUGAAACAUCAUACAACAGCAUCAUGAAGUGUGAUGUCGAUAUCCGUAAAGACUUGUACGCUAAUAUUGUCCUGUCUGGUGGUACAACGAUGUUCCCCGGUAUUGCAGACAGAAUGCAGAAAGAAGUUACUGCUCUCGCACCACCAACAAUGAAGAUCAAGGUUAUCGCUCCACCAGAGAGGAAAUAUUCCGUCUGGAUCGGUGGUUCCAUCCUUGCUUCUCUCUCCACCUUCCAACAGAUGUGGAUCAGCAAACAGGAAUACGAUGAAUCGGGUCCAUCCAUUGUCCACAGAAAAUGCUUCUAAGAAGUCUAACUAGGAUUUAAUAAACUCUUUUGAAAUUUAGAGCUCUCUCGCCCUGUAGUCCCCAUCACAUAUUUACUUGUUUUGAAUGUGCAAGUCUCACUAAGUACUGCAUCAAGUGAACUGUGAUCAGAUUUUGCAUAAAUAUUCAAAAAAUGUGUAAUAGAUUACUAGUAUUUGAGCAGGCCAGGAUAUUGAGAAUGUAAUCGUUUAUUAAGUAUAAUAAAGCUUUAUAAUAUCUGUUUCAUUCUUGAAUUUGAAUAAAGAAUUUAAAUUGUG